GGGCUGGCCAAUCAGAGGCGCCAGGUGAAAUUUGAAAGCGAGUGGAGGCGGCAGCGCUGAGGGAAGCGGAGCGGCGGGGCCGGGAAGGAUAAUCAAGAUGGCUGCUACCUCCCACUUUGUCAGUCGGUACAAAAAGGAUUUGAGUACAGAAACCAUCAGAACAAAAGUCGCUCGCAGGAAAUCCAUGCUCCAAAAGGAGAACAGACACAAGUUGUUUGAAAAGGGCAGACAGUUUGGACUGACAGAUGUCAAUGUUCAGGUGUCAAAAACGAGGGGGAUUUCUCAAGUAAGUGGGGCAAGUGAAACGUGCUCGCAAGAAAACAGCAGUUUGAAACAGAAACAAUCUACAGAUGCAGCCACCAAGAGGGUGAAUGAACGCAGGGAAAUGCUUCAACGCUAUAAAGAAGAGAAGGAACUCCGAAAACUAAAAGAGCAAAGAGAAAAAGCAAAAAAGGGUGUGUUUAAAGUUGGGUUAUAUAAACCUACUGCAUGUGGAUUUCUUUCACUUGCGCCUGAAGUUCCCACAACAACAAAGCCAAAAGAAAAGGCAGCUCCUGCUUUCUCUGAGAGGAUUACUCGAUCAAAGGCCAAGAACCAAACAGAAAAGGCUGUGAUAUCAACUGCAUCGAAGCCCUCUACGGUCUGUGCCAAUGGGCAGAGCGUGCGCCCCACGCAAGCAGGACGUAAGCAGAUGAGUACAGACAAAAUGGCUGCAAAGGGGAAAGUGUUGCAGCCUUCAGCCCAGACAGCAUCAAAUGUAAGAAUCACCAGAGCAGCUGCCUCUGCAGCUAGACAGGUGCCAAAAACAAGUGCAGCUACUACUGGUAACUUGUCACAGAGAAAGCCAGCAAAUGCAGCAAAGCAGAAGAAAGCAGUCAAACCUGAUGCCAUAGAGGUAAUUCCUUUUAAACAUGAAGUGAAUGAAAAUGCUCCACUGGACCCAGUGAUAUGUUCAGCAUCAGAACUUAAACAGGAACAGACGUCUGUAGAAAAGAACAAUUCUGCUCCUGGAAGACCCAGAACACGCUCCUUUGCACCACAGAAUUUUGUGUUUCAGCCCUUAGAAGGACUAACAACUUACAAAGUUACACCCAUGACUCCUUCCAGGGCAAAUGCAUUUUUGUCACCUGAUGCCUUCUGGGAUUUUUCCAAAUCUCCAGUUAAUACAGUUGAAAAAUCCAGUGAAACCAAGGUACAGGAGUCUAAUUUUAAAAGUCAGAUUUCACCUUCUGAUCAAGAUAUUCAAGAACAGCAAAUGACUACAAGUUUGCAAGGAGAAGCAAGCAAAUCAGAUGAGGAGACUUCCAUUCAGAGAUCCAAUGAAACAAUUCCUGUAUCUACAGAAAUGGCAGUGACUGAAACAAAGUCAGAUGAUAUAAGAGAGCAAGAGCACGAUGUGCCCUACUUCAGAAACGUUCUUCAGUCUGAGACAGACAGACUGAUGUCUCAGUGCCUUCAGUGGGAUGGAAAACUUGAGCUGGACGUUCCAGAGGAUGCUAAAGAUCUGAUUCGCACAACAGUUGGUCAGACAAGACUGCUUGUAGCAGAAAGGUUUAAACAGUUUGAAGGACUGGUGGAUAACUGUGAAUUUAAACGGGGUGAAAAAGAAACAACAUGUACAGACUUAGAUGGAUUUUGGGAUAUGAUUAAUUUUCAGAUUGAAGAUGUGAAUAAGAAAUUUGAUAAUCUGCAGAAGCUUCAAGAUAACGAAUGGCAGCCAGUUGCUGUAGCAGGCAAAGAAGUUGUCAAGAAAAAGACUGUUCCAAAUAUGGUCUGUAAAGCAAAGCUGGGAGCAGCUGGAAGGACUGCUGCCCGAAAGCGGCUCGCUGCUGUAAAAGCAGCUAUGAGGGAUAAAAUGAAGCAUGAUGGAGUUGCUGAUAGUGCGUAUCAGGAUAAGCAACCAGAAGUAGAAAAAGUGGUUUUUGAAGCAGGAUUUUUCAGAAUUGAAAGCCCUGUGAAAAGCUUUCCAGGUUCACUUUCAAAGACGCCUCGCAGAUCAUCCCAGCAAACUUCUGAAGGUCUGACAGCUCCAAGAUCAUCCAGAAGAGCUUUGCUGCAGAGCAGUUCUGUGCCUUGUAACCCCGAGGAUACAACUGCAAAACAAACACCAGCACUGCUCGAAGGCUGCCACCCAGCACAACAUUUGGAAAUGCACCCAUUUCCCACUGAAACAACUCUCCCUGGUGGUUUUCUUGAACAAAGCAUUUCCCUAGUUGCAGAAGAACACAAUCCUGUUGCUGGCACAGCAGAGAGGACUAGGGUGCUGGAAAACUGUAGCAGUGAAUUAAAAGUAGUGGAUGACAUGGAAGUGAUGGAACUAUCUGCUCCAGAGCAACUGGGACAAGAUAUCACCAUGUGCAGUCCAGAGAAGGGUAUGUGCACUGGGUUCAGCUUCACUCAGCCUGGAGAACCAAAAAUGCACCAGAUGGAUACUUUGUUGAGAGAUUUGGCUUCCAUUGACAGAAAUCCUUCAGAUACAGUAUUUACUAACAUAAUGAACCACCUGACCUUUUCCUUCCACUUACUCAGAGUUUUCCAGCCCAUGCUGGAUGGUGAGCUUCCCUUCACUCCAGUCAAGAACAACGUCCAGAAGUUUGCAGCAGCUGAAACGUUCAGUGACCUGAUUGUAUUUUCUCCUCUUUCUCCCUCUGGAGAAAAAUGAAUGACUGGAAACUUUAAAUGAGUAAAUUAAAUUCAGCAGAAAACAGAGGCUGUCUGGAAUACCAUCUGCAACCCUUGAGCUGUGUUCAUGACACCUUUAGUAUUUUCUAGUGGAACUUGGUAGAAAACUUGCUAACAUUUCUGCCAUGAGCAAUAAUGCAGUCCUGCACUGUGCAUAUUGCUGUGCAGUUUGCUGGCUGUACCUCCUGCAUCCAAUGAAUAUAUAUUCUGACUCCAACCUGAAUUAUUCUUCUUUGUGUAUAACUUCGUGUCUUUCUUGUCUCCUUUGAGUUAUAAAACUGUCCACCUCAAGUCUUUUCUGUCUUGACUUUAAUUACUUCAUGAGUUGUUUUUAUAAGAGAUGGGAUAAGGUUUGUGUAACAGACAUUGUCCAUUAGCUGCCCCUAUUUCUCCUCCAUUUGUGAUGAGGGCACCUCAGAGGUGCCUGUUAUCUACCCCAAAGCACUGCUUUGUAUUCAGUCAGUGCUGUGAGUGUGCUGUUGCACCCUUUAGCUCCAGUACUCCGUACACGAACUGCACCUAAUCAGUAGAUGGGAUGAGGUUAGAUUCUUUCCUUUCCUGUGAGAUUUUUCCUAUUGCCUAACAAUCACUUGCUUUGUAACAGCAGAAAUUCAAGCAUUUCAGUCAAAUAAUACCUAUUCCUUACACUGUAUUAAAUAGGGAUGGAUUUUUGAAGAUGCUCAGUGGUGAGCUGUGCCAUUAAGUACCUUCAAGCUGAAUUCCAUUUUCUUUUUCAUCUGGAAGUCUCUUAACCACUCUCCUUGAACAUUUGGCUCCUCAGCCUCCUCUUGCAUCUUGCUCCCUAUGCAUUCUCUCAUCUGGACAAAUAUAUUUAAGCACAAGGAAUGUGCCAGUUCCUGCUACCCUAACAUGGAGUGUAUGUGUGGUAGAGUACCUCCAGCUCUUAUAUUUUUAAGAGGUGCCUGAUUAGCCUGCUUCUUGUAAUGCUGGUCUUUGUGUGAUACACACGUUCUUCCACUGGCCUUUAUUGUCAACUAAGCAAAUGUGACACAAACCCUUCAGCAGAAGGCAUUGUCAUUACAUCUGGGGCUUUGUGUUUGACUGCAGUUCUAACUUGGAAGUUCUGUACUGAUAGCACUGAAAUAAAUGGAGGAAGCUGACCUGA